GCGGAGGCCCAUGAAGGUUCCCUGCAGGGUACCCCUCGAGCAUCUCACCUCUCCACUGCCAUCUUGAAUGAUGUGCUCAGAUGCGACAGAUAUCCAGGCCGCGCUGGCUGAGUUCUCAACUUGCGAGAUCUCCGACGCGUUGAUCAAGCUGGGCUCACCUCACGGCGGACACAUCCCGGACAUCCACAUGCUCUCCCCCGCGGACUCAACGACCCGCCUCUGCGGGCCCGCGUACACGGUACAGAUGGUACUGGGGUCAGACACCUCCGCGCCGAAGCUCUCUGCGCACUUCGUGGACACCGCCCCGGAGGGCUCCGUAGUAGUGAUCAGCGCGCCACAUCGUGUGAAGAACGCUGUGUGGGGUGGCUUGAUGACCGCAGGCGCGCAGUCUCGCGGCGCGCGCGGGGUCGUCAUCUCCGGCCGCUGCAGGGACCUUGCUGAGCACCGGGCAGUGGAUUUCCCCGUGUUCGCGAGGGGCCAUUCGACGCUCGGCCAGUCGCCCUUCACGCGCCCGUCGGCGGUGAAUGUUGCUGUCACCAUAGAUUCUCCCGACGUCUCGCAGGAGGAUUUUCCGGCGGUCGAGGUGAAUCCCGGAGACUGGAUGGUCGCCGACGAGGACGGCGUCGUCUGCAUUCCCCAGGAGCUGGCGUUAAACGUGAUCGGUUUGGCCAGGAAAGGGAGGGAAGUCGAUGAGCGGUGCAUGACUGAUAUAAAGGCGGGCAAGGGCGUCCAGGAGACAUUCAAGAAGCACCGAGGAAAGUAAAUAUCAUUUGUUACGCCAUUGUAUCAACCGUUCCUGCCGGAGAACAUGACAUGUGUAUAGUAGAACGAACAAAACUACAAACUCGACAUCACACCGUGACAA